AUGUUUUGGUUCGAACUAGCGAUUUUGCUUUUUAUUUUCUACGGAGCUGAUGGUAAAUUAUUUUAAAUAAAUAUUUGAUUAUGUUCAUCGUUUUCAACGGAGCUCUGCGAUGAAAAACAUAUUUCCGCUAAAUCUAAAUUUUUUUAAAAGUAUUUUUUUCUCGGUAUAUUUCUAGAAUCCCAUGAGAAUUUCUCGUUUUAUUUUAGAAACAAGCACAGACAAACUCUUUGAUUACAGCAGAAAAUUUUUUUAUUUCUACUUUGCAGCCCAAUUCUUAUUCUUUCCGCAACAGCAGUUUGGAGGUUUCCAAAGAAACAACGGUUUUUUUGCUCAGCAACAGCCGUUUUUCAAUCUGUUCUCACCUCCAAUUACAACUGUAAGAUUUGCAAUAAAGAUUUAAUUUUACAAGGCACUUUCAUUUUGAAAUUGAGUGAUUCCUGAAAUUCAGCUAAAGCACUGUUCGAUGAAAACGUGAGAAUCUUGAUAGUCUUGCAGGGAUCCACAGCUUUCAAAACUUGUUUCCGAAACCAAAAACUUUAGCAUGCUCAGAUUUCAGAAAUUCAAUCUGAAGCACCAUUUUCUUAUUAUUGAAAAAUCGCAAAGAAAAAAUACCUUGUUUUAAGCACAAAUCUUUCUUUCAGACUACUCAGACACCUAUUGAAUUCAUUCCAAAUCCAGAUUUGGAGCAGGGAAAUUUCCCACUUCCAAAUCCUCGCAUGUGGCCGGUAGGUCCUGAUUGGAAUGAUCCGAAAAACAGUUGGAGCCAGGAAACUGUGAGCAGUAAAUAAUUUUUGAAGGAACUUGGCCAUUUUAAGGGAUGGGGAGGAAGCGGAAGGACUUCUAUCGAAAAGCCUACAGUCCCUGAGAAAGCAGUUCUGGCGAAAACACGUAUGAACAAUUUUUUAUCAUUAAUACAUUUUUUAGAAGGUUCGAAAACUCUGACCGCCAAAAACAAGACAACUACCGUCAACCGGUCCAAACUUGCCGCCAGAAGGUUUACUUAUUGA